AAUACUGUCAUUAAAAAAAUAAAAAAGUAAAGCCUUAUAUAUCACUCUUGCCUCAAACUCUUCCCAUCUAAUUAAGGAUAAAAGCCAGAGAUCUUAUAACUUUACAGAUCUGGCUUCCUGUUCAGAGACUAGAUCUUUUAUUUUUCCCUUCCUCAUUCCAAUCUAGCUGCACUGCCUCCUGGCUCUUCCUGUCUCUAGUCUAUACCUUUUUAUUGGUUGUUCCCUCUUCCUAAAACGUACCACCUUUAACCCUUUAGUCAAAUUUCAGCAUCUCAGCAAGGCCUUCCCCGGCUACCCUCUCUGAAACUGUACCCCUUCCCAACAUUACUUAGCCCCCUUCCGUGCUUCUUUGUGGCAUUAUUCAUCAUUUAAUGCAAUAUAUAUUUUGCUUUUUUAUCUUAUUUAUUAUUUACUCAUCCCCAUAGAAUAUAAGCUUUAUGAGGACAAAGAUUUUGCUUCUUUUGUUCACAGCCAUAUCCUAGGACUUAAAAUAAUGCACGGCACACAUUAGCACUAAUGUUAAGUAAAUGAAUCUGAAAUAAAGGCAGCUAUAAUGAAAAUUAAGAAUAUUAAGUAAUUGAAGAGGGACUACAUAUUUUUACACCCUUUAAGUAAAAAUUAAAUAUAGGACCAUGAGACUAAGGUAGUAGGAAGGAAAUUAUUUAUUUAUUGUGUCUUGAAAGUAAAAUAAGGAGAAUUCUUUAGUUAUUAAAAUAAAAAUAAAACUUAAUUUGACCCAUGCAACAUUAAUUAUUUUAUUUUUCAAUCAUAAAGACCUAGUAGAUAUCUAGGCAUAUAUUAAGUACUCAAAAAAUAUUGACUGAAUUGAUAGUGCUGACCUAAAUCAGGGAUCAUUAAAGCCUAAUAGCCUUUUUUAUAAAUAAAGUUGUCUACAUUAUGGUCUAUGGCUGCUUUCUUGCUACAAAAGUGGAGUUACAAUAGUUGCAACAGAGACGAUAUGACCCAUGAAGUCUAAAAUAUUUACUAUAUGGAUAUUUUAUAGAAUAGUGUAUUUGCUGCUCCCUGCCUAAGUGACUUUUUGUAGGAUAUGGAAUAGUGUAGUGGGGAAUCUUGACCAAACAUUCAGAAGUUCACAUUUCAUUUCCAGGACUAGCUCUGUUAUAUUGAACAAGUUAAGUUCUGUAAUCUUCACUUUCUCAUUUGAAAAGUAAAUAGAGUAUCUAUUUCACAUGGUGGUUAAGAAUUUUGAAUGCGAUAAUGUAUGUAAAGCACUUAGUGAAGUGCCUAGUAAACAGUAAGUAGCAUAUACACGCAUAUAUACACACUGCUGACAUACACAUACACACAUGAAAUACUAAUGCCCUCAAAUAGAAACUUCAGUCACCAAACAUUCUUCCGAUAUUUUCCACCUUUUUAGGCAAAUAAUGAAUAAAAUAAAAUAAACAGGUGUCAAAUAGGUACUUACUACACAAAAAGAACUGCCAAAAUGAAUGGGAUUUGUGUUUUUAUGCAGAAAAUUAUAGUUAAUCAUUAUUUCUAACAGGUCUACUUAGAGUUUUGUGAUGCUCUUUACUCACAUUUUAGCAAAAUAUACAGCCAGCUAUAGAAUGGUUACAUUUUCAGGUAAGUUUUAUUUUUAAGGAAAUUUUUACAUAACAGGGACUAAUUCACUCUAUGUUCUGAUUGUAAACAAGCAAAAACAGUGUGAUGCCUUAUAUAUUAUAACAAAAUUUCAGUCUAGAACUUUUUCUUGAGUGCCUCAUUUUCUAACUCUCAAUUUACAGAGGGUAAAUUUGUAGAGAUAGAUUAUUUUGAUCUUUCUGAUUAUAUAGUUUUUGCUUUGGUAAAAUACAUCAACGAUUUAGUUUUUCUUAACUAAGUUGUUUGGUUGUUAAUGUGGAAACUAAUGAUGCGGAUCCUUAAAUGAGGAGUAUGUGGAUGAGGAUAUUUUAGUAUUAAGUUAUCUUUGAUACAUGGAUACAUUGAUACAUGGAAUUAUAAUCUCACUUUCAAUAAUAAUAAUCAUUGAGUAAAUACUUACAAAUCAUCUACUAUAAGCUAGGCAUUAAAAUUUUUUUAAAAAACUGAAUACAACACAGUUUUUGCUUUCUAAAGGAAUGAGAUAUAGUAGAGGAAACCACUAUGUAAAUAAGUAAUUUUAAUAAAGUAAUAGGCGUAAUAACAAUGAAAGUAUGUAUACUAGAGCUAGUAAUUCUACCUUAAGGUAUCAGGGAAAUCUGGAAAUGUGAUAUUUGAGCUGAGUCUCAAUGGAUCAGUUCAGUAUUGUCAGGUAUGCAUGAUAGAGUGAUACCUCACAGAAGGUACCAAAGUCAUUCAACAGAAAUCUUUGAAUAUUUCCGUGUGCCAGAUAAUAUUCUAGACAGUUGAACAAAACUGGAUAGUUGUUUAAUUCUAGACAAAUGAACAAAACAAAUGAAUUUUUCUGACCACGUUCAAUGAAACAUAUAAAGGCAUAGAAGUGAGGUAAAUAGUAUACCAUGGCUGAGCAGAGAGGAAUCUGAGGGUCCCUAAAAAGAAAAAAGCCAUGUCACACUGAGAAGUUUGAAUGUGAUCCUCUUGGCCAAUGGUUUCCACCAUGGAAGUUCCAGAGAUACUACUAUGCCAUGAAGUUAUUACAAAGGGGUUAAAAAUCCAUGCUUAGACACUAAGCAAGCAUAGCCUGUGGAUUUCAAUAAAAUGUCUUUUACACAUAUUAACUACUACUUUUCAAUUUUAUGUAGUUAUUUUGAGUAAUAAACUAUAAAUGCAUUUAAACAUAAGUUCAUGAUACUUUUUUGACAUUUUCUAUCUUCUCAAUCAUGUGACACAAUAGCUACAACUACUUUUAAGUAAUAGUCAAAAUGGCUAAUUUUUAAAAUAAGUCCUAAAAUAUUCUGCCUGGUAUCUCUUGUCAAUGUUGGAGCUGUUAAAACUUUUAGAGUAGCCAACUAAAUUACUUCAGUAAAUAUUUAGUGAGCUUCUUCUAAGUUCCAGGCACUGCUCUAGCCACUAUGAUUACAAAGAUUUAUAUAAACCAAAGUCCACGUCCUCAGGGAACUUACAGUCAAGGUGAACUAGAGUCCAGAUGAAAAACGAUGCAGGGUGGAGUAAACAUGGAGAGAAGAGUGUGGAUUCGGGAUAUAUUAAGGAGGUAGUAACUCUUAAACAAUGAGAAUCUCUCACUGAAGGCACACUACUGGAAUAAAUAGAAGGAAAGACUACAUUAUUUGGAAAAGAGCUAAUACUUUGCUAAUGCAGGGAAAAACUAUAUCUUUUAUUAAGAAUAUUAUUUUCUCAUAGCAACAAGCCUAAUCAAUCUCCAGAGAACAGGGAUAUUAGUGAUUUAUGGGUCUCUUAACAUGCCUCUUCUGCUUGAUUUUUCUCUGCCUGUUAAUAAGAUGUAAACCUGUGCAAUCUUAAGUCAAACCAUGUAAAUAUGUAAUGUAAAUCAUAUUAAAAAUUCAUGCGGAUUUGACUCUUCCACAUUAACAGUACACAGUGACAAGAGUUGAAGAGCAGUCAUUCUCUAUGUUGAUGGAUCUCUUAACCUUCAGCCCAACAAGCUUACUUUUCUUCCUUCUUUCACAUUUCAGCCUUCUUUCCUUCACACACACACACACACACACACACACACACACUUCCUUUUCUUUCUCACAAAGAAAGACAGAGCUAUUGACUAGAAACCCAGAAUUGCCCCACGAGUUCCGACCACCAGCUUGAAUUCUUAUGAAGUGGACUUGUAAUAUCCUUAAUGUUGCUGUUGGCAGUCAGUUACAGAUUCCAUUAUUGUCGAUCAAUGCAGUCGCCAUGCGAGGCAGGGGGGGAAUGGAGGAGGAGAAUAAAGGAGGGAUAAGAGCUUCCUAUUCACAGAUUUAUCAACCUGCCUUUUCUCACAGGAAAUCUUUGUAAAGGGGGCUGGGAUGCUGUUGAAAUAGCGAAAGCAGGAAGGGGUUAGGAGGCUGCAGUUCUUGCAUGACUGAAAGGAAUUUGAAAACCUUUCUCCUCAGAACAAAACAAAAUGCUGAAUUUGUUCUUUUGUCUUUGUUUUUGUUUGAUGAUAUGCUUUACUUAACUGAUUAGCUAUUGUGCUGUCUGGUUAUCUAAGCUGCUUCCAGUGUAGGAACCUGUUUCUUUUUCUUUGAGUGUCUUUAGUCUUUAUUUUGUAUGCUUUUUCCUGUCAUUAAACAAAUUAUUAUUCAGUUUUAUCCUGGCUUUCUCUUGCAGGCUAAAGCUUAACACCAAGAGACAGAAGGACAAAUCUCUCUUCCUUUCUCUUCUGCCACCCUCUUUUAACCCUCUAUUUCUUUCCCCCUCCCCCCAGGUUGUAUUAGAUUGAUGUCACAGAGACAGAAUUCAGAGUAGAGGGAGGAUCACAUUUUCUCUUUCAUCAUUACAGCCUAGCCAGCAAAUUUAAGUGUUGGACCCCCAAGAAUUUAGUCUCUGUAUCCUUCUUUUCUCACUUCAUCAUUCAGUAAUUGUGCUCUGUAUGGAAAAGUUUUCUGGCUGGAGAAUGAGUCUCCUUUCCCCUGGUGAUGUGGCGGAGUGGUUGGAUAGUAGCACCGAAGAGGAGAAGAGCCUUCUGUCAUUUCUGGAGGUGCCAGCAGAAAGAUCCCCUCGCAGACGGAGUAUCUCAGGGACCAGUACAUCAGAGAAACCCAACUCCAUGGACACUGCAAAUACCUCACCCUUCAAAGUACCAGGAUUCUUCAGCAAGCGCCUGAAGGGCUCCAUCAAGAGGACCAAAAGCCAGUCCAAACUCGACAGAAACACGAGCUUCCGGCUUCCGUCCCUUCGCAGUGCAGACGACAGGUCUCGUGGGCUUCCUAAACUAAAAGAGUCACGUUCCCAUGAAUCCUUGCUGAGCCCAUGCAGUGCAGUGGAAUGUCUGGACCUUGGUAGAGGGGAGCCUGUAUCCGUGAAGCCACUCCAUAGUAGCAUUCUGGGACAAGACUUCUGCUUUGAGGUUACCUACUUAAGUGGAAGUAAGUGUUUCAGCUGUAACUCCGCUUCCGAGAGAGAUAAGUGGAUGGAAAACCUCCGUAGGACAGUUCAACCUAAUAAGGACAAUUGCAGACGAGCUGAAAAUGUUCUCCGUUUAUGGAUCAUUGAAGCCAAGGACCUUGCCCCUAAAAAGAAAUAUUUCUGUGAACUGUGCCUUGAUGAUACCCUCUUUGCUCGUACAACCAGCAAGACCAAAGCAGAUAAUAUUUUCUGGGGUGAACAUUUUGAAUUCUUCAGCCUUCCACCUCUGCAUAGUAUCACAGUUCACAUUUAUAAGGAUGUGGAAAAAAAGAAAAAAAAGGACAAGAAUAAUUAUGUAGGGCUAGUUAACAUCCCCACUGCCAGUGUGACUGGUCGCCAAUUUGUAGAAAAAUGGUAUCCAGUGAGUACACCUACACCCAACAAAGGAAAGACAGGAGGACCUUCUAUUCGGAUUAAAUCACGUUUCCAAACUAUCACCAUUCUGCCUAUGGAGCAAUACAAAGAAUUUGCAGAAUUUGUCACCAGCAACUACACCAUGCUGUGUUCUGUCCUUGAGCCAGUAAUUAGUGUGAGAAAUAAAGAGGAAUUGGCUUGUGCCUUAGUGCAUAUUCUUCAAAGUACUGGCAGAGCUAAGGAUUUUCUGACUGACUUGGUGAUGUCUGAGGUGGAUCGUUGUGGAGAGCAUGAUGUCUUGAUCUUCAGAGAGAACACCAUUGCCACCAAAUCCAUUGAGGAAUACCUCAAGUUGGUGGGACAACAGUAUCUUCAUGAUGCACUAGGGGAGUUCAUCAAAGCUUUGUAUGAGUCAGAUGAGAACUGUGAAGUGGAUCCCAGCAAAUGCUCAUCUGGUGAGCUGAUAGACCAUCAGAGCAACCUGAAAAUGUGCUGCGAGCUGGCUUUCUGCAAGAUCAUCAACUCUUACUGUGUUUUCCCUCGUGAGUUGAAAGAAGUAUUUGCAUCAUGGAAGCAGCAGUGCCUGAAUCGUGGCAAGCAAGACAUCAGUGAGAGGCUCAUUAGUGCCUCCUUGUUUCUCCGUUUUCUGUGCCCAGCCAUUAUGUCUCCCAGCCUUUUCAACCUCAUGCAGGAGUAUCCUGAUGACCGCACAUCUCGGACUCUGACUCUUAUUGCCAAGGUCAUCCAGAACCUGGCCAACUUUGCCAAGUUUGGUAACAAAGAAGAAUACAUGGCAUUCAUGAAUGAUUUUUUAGAACAUGAAUGGGGUGGAAUGAAGCGCUUUCUUUUGGAGAUCUCUAAUCCAGACACCAUCUCAAACACCCCAGGCUUUGAUGGUUACAUUGAUCUGGGCCGAGAGCUUUCAGUUUUGCAUUCCUUACUGUGGGAAGUAGUUUCCCAACUUGAUAAGGGUGAAAAUUCCUUCCUACAGGCGACCGUGGCAAAACUGGGGCCUCUCCCUCGUGUUCUUGCUGACAUUACCAAGUCUCUGACUAAUCCUACACCAAUACAACAGCAACUGAGACGCUUCACUGAGCAUAACUCCAGUCCAAAUGUCAGUGGAAGCCUCUCUUCUGGGCUGCAGAAAAUAUUUGAAGACCCCACUGACAGUGAUUUGCAUAAACUAAAAUCUCCAAGCCAGGACAACACAGACAGCUAUUUCAGAGGGAAAACAUUACUGCUGGUCCAGCAAGCCUCCUCCCAGAGCAUGACUUAUUCUGAAAAGGAUGAAAAGGAAAGCAGCCUUCCUAAUGGUCGGAGCAUCUCCCUCAUGGACCUCCAGGACACUCACGCUGCCCCAGCGGAGCAUGCAUCUGUCAUGCUUGACGUGCCUCUGCGCUUGACUGGAAGCCAGCUGUCCAUGACCCAGGUGGCCAGCAUCAAACAACUGCGGGAAACCCAGAGCACUCCCCAGAGUGCACCCCAAGUGAGAAGACCCCUGCACCCAGCCUUGAACCAACCAGGCAGCCUUCAGCCCUUGUCAUUCCAGAACCCUGUCUAUCACCUCAAUAAUCCAAUUCCAGCAAUGCCAAAGGCCUCUGUCGAUUCCAGUUUGGAGAACCUAAGCACUGCCAGUUCCAGAAGCCAAAGUAACAGCGAAGACUUCAAACUCAGUGGACCCAGCAAUAGCAGCAUGGAAGAUUUCACCAAACGUAGCACUCAGAGCGAGGACUUCUCUAGGCGGCACACUGUGCCAGACAGACACAUACCUCUUGCUCUGCCACGACAAAAUAGCACUGGGCAGGCCCAAAUCCGAAAAAUGGACCAGGCUGGGUUAGGUGCCCGAGCCAAAGCCCCACCAUCCCUGCCACACAGUGCUUCCUUACGAAGCACCGGGAGCAUGUCAGUGGCAUCCGCAGCCCUGAUUGCUGAACCCGUGCAGAACGGAACCCGGUCCCGGCAGCAGUCCUCUUCCUCCAGAGAGAGUCCUGUUCCCAAAGUGAGAGCAAUCCAGAGACAACAGACGCAGCAGGUAAGGGUUCAGUCACCUGUGGACUCUGCCACAAUGUCCCCAGUAGAGAGGACAGCAGCCUGGGUUCUAAACAAUGGGCAAUAUGAAGAGGAUGUAGAAGAAACAGAACAAAAUCAAGAUGAAGCCAAGCAUGCUGAGAAGUAUGAACAAGAAAUCACUAAACUGAAGGAGCGCCUGAGAGUGUCCAGCCGGCGGCUGGAGGAGUAUGAGCGCCGGCUGCUGGUGCAGGAGCAGCAGAUGCAGAAGCUGCUGCUGGAAUACAAGGCCAGGCUGGAGGACAGCGAGGAGCGGCUACGCAGGCAACAGGAAGAGAAAGACAGCCAGAUGAAAAGCAUAAUCAGCAGGCUAAUGGCUGUAGAAGAGGAGUUGAAGAAGGAUCAUGCUGAGAUGCAAGCAGUUAUUGAUGCAAAGCAGAAAAUAAUUGAUGCACAGGUCAUAAAUGGAGAUGAGAUUAUUCAAACAGGAAAAACGGAUCGUGUCCCUGGACUCGGCCAACACCAGACUGAUGAGCGCGCUGACCCAGGUGAAGGAGCGGUACAGCAUGCAGCUCCGCAACGGCAUCUCGCCCACCAACCCCACCAAGCUCUCCAUCACGGAGAAUGGUGAAUUCAAAAACAGCAGCUGCUGACAGGUUUGGGACUAGACAGACUGUGGUGGAAGGAGACAGAAGGAAAUUGACCCGCUCUCCUAUCCUCAACCCUUUCCCCAGCCCCUCCAGGUUUACAGAAUGUUGCUGCUGCACGAUGGCAAUGCGGUGAGCCUCUGGCAUGAAGAACGGAGCCUUGUCUCUCAGGGCGCGAGGCGCCGACCUCCAGCCGCGCUCUCCCCCUCACCCCCGUGUACAUAGGGAACUGGUUCUGGGCCAUGUACAGAAAACGCCACUGUAAUAUACCAAAAGGAAGUUAAUGUAGAUUGCCUUUUUGAUUAUUGCUAUUUUUAUUAUUUCCUCUUGUUGAAAGCACUGCAGUUGUUAGAGGAAGAAAAGUAGGAGCCAUGUAUGAGCGGGAAGUGAGCCUGUGGGUCCAGCAGGCAGAGGCCGAGCGCCUGUCUGGUGGCAGCGCGUGAAGUGCGGGAGGACUCGGUCAGGACGAAGCAUUCAGGGAUGCAUCUGCCAGUUUAAAGACCCUACUCUGGCCCCUGUCCUUUAGGACAACGUGCAAAUACCAAGAUCCAUACAAAACAGUAAUUUGUCCCACUGAUCAGCCAAGACUGGUUCUGGUCAGAUAGCUAAUCCAAUUUGGGAGCUCACCAUUUCAGAGGAGACAGAUAAAAGUUGUAUCAAAACUGGACUUUUAGGAGUGAUUUCCAUUGAACUCCUGUCAAUAUGUUAAUUUCCUCUAUCUACAGCAGAUAGGAGUUUUCUGUUUUAGAUAGGGGACUUUUUAAAAAAUCCCAAUUGUAAUAAAGGAUGUUCUUUUUCCUCUUUUAGAGUUUACAAAACUAUAAAUAUUUGUGUCUCUACCUACCAUCUUCAUCUUCAUACAUCCACUGCUCUUUCCUCCCCAUGGUGGGAGCAGUCAUCACUAACAGGGUUUACUCUCCCCUGGAGAGGUUAUUCAAAUAUUCUGUCCAUAAGCCAUCCGAAAUAAACACCCUUUCUUCCACACAGAAAAGGGCUAACCAUACCAUAGCAGGAAUCUCUGAAUAUUCCUACUAACAUUUUUUUCUAUUAAGUUAUAAUUUUUGUUUGGAAUAAAGAUUUAUCUGGUAUACUAGCAAAUCCAUGGGCAGGGUAAUUUUAUCUCCAUCUUUAACUUUUAAAUUGCUUCUUCCUUUUAUCUCCUCAGUAAAAUUUGGAAAGGAAAUCCAAAUCUGACAUCACUCCUUAAAAGUGGUGAUUAUUUGUUAAAAAAGAAAGAAAAAACAAAACUGAAAGUUGUCAAGAUGGCACAUUCCAAUUGUUAUUCCCAUCUAAGACCUGGCAACAGUGACAGUUUCAACAUUUGUCAUCCAUGGCUUUAUUAUAGGACAGAAAAAAAUCAUGGAAUCUGAUUUAUUUCCUUUUUUUCUAGAGGUUUCAAAUGUCAUCUUGAAUGUAACUUUGAUUACCAGAAGUAUGGAAUGUUGUAUGUUAGACAUAAGUACAAAUAUAUAUACAUAUAUAUUCACACAUAUGUACAUAUAACUGCACAAAUAGGAAAAUUUCAUGCCUUCUCUGUUGUCAGAUAUAAUAUUAAAAGGAUCUUGAAUCUCUUUAAGCAAGAUCUAAGAAGUUGUUUUAUAUUGAGAAAAUAACAAUAUUUCUCAAGUUGAUUUUUUUUUAAAUUAUAAACUUUAAGGAAUUUUUUUUUAAAGGAAAAGGGGAGGAAUAAAAAGACCCAAAGAAGCCGUAUACAUGGAGUGAGUGUUUCUAUGUAACAGAACAUUUACAAGGCAGCAGGGAUAGUGCCCUCUUUGAGUAGAGCCCAGACAGACACCAGGCCUUCCUUUUCACAAAGUCCCAAGCUGGCCUUCUAACCUCUUAAGCUCUCCAACCUUACCUCUCUCAGGUGGAUCUUUGUGUUGGACCUUACAUCUCAGCAAUCUCACCAUGGCCUCAUAACCCACAACCUUUUAAAAGUUUCUUUCAUAACAGUCCCUGUUUGUGCCAGACAGAGAUCUGAAAUAGAGCUUCUCAUUGUGUUUAUUUGAUCUGCAGGCUUUAUGCCCAGCUGUUUUGACACUUGUGUCUUUUCUUGACCUUGGUAGUUUUAAAAAUUCUUAUAUCUUCCCUGCAAGCUGAGGCCACACUGUGGUCAGAAUCAUUUAUUUUAAUAGGAAGAAGAGGUUAUCAGUUCUGAAGUAGUGCCCUUUGUUGAGGAAGAGAGGAUGUAAACAUAGAUCUAUUCUUUUUCUGGCUAUUCUCAAGUCUGGCCAUAUUUAAUUCAUUCUUUGUAAAAGCCUUCCAUUGUGCCACAGAAAACCUGGCAAAAGAACUGUCUUUCAACGGCCUUAAGUAUGUAACAUGGGUGAUGUCUUGCAUUGAGGUUUGGAAGUUCUCAAGUAUUAAUUAUAGAUUAGAGAGAGCUGAUAAAAUUACCUAUAUUGAGAGCUGAGAGGAGACCAAAAAAAUCAAGUAUGUUUUUGGUGGAUACAAAUUAUCUUGUUAGCAUUGUGGGGGCUCCUUAGAGGGCUGUGUACAUUGGAAGAUUAAAUGGCCAAAGUAUUUGGACAGAUUAUGUAGCCCUUUACUAUCAAGUUAUCUUGAAUGAAAAGAGUAAAAAUAAUAAUAAGAGGGUUAGAAGUAAGCUAAAAAUUCAGAGUUGUUGCCAGAUGUUAGAUUAUCUUUUGAGUCUACUUCUAUCCAAAUAUUUUUUUAUUUCUUUAGAGAAUGCUGCAAUCUAUUGACGUUAUUCCAAAUGAUUUUUUUAAGUAUGGAAGAAGGCAGCACAGAUGAUAAUUUUUAUGGAGGUGUUAAUUGGCUUCUCUAAAGUCCAAAUAGGUACAUAGCCUCUGUUUUGCUGUGAGGAGGUGCAUGGUUGAAGAGAGGCACAUGGCUGAAGAGAGCCAUGUCUUGUGCAUUGCCUGUUGCCCUCAAUAAAUCACCACAUUGUGGGGUGCAGUAAAGACCAGGGUUGAGUGGUAUUUGGAAUGCAGGUGAAGUGCUUGUAAAAUGCUUGUCCAGCUCACAACCAGACUUGACCAUUAGCAAGGACAAUGUUGGAAAUGUAGGAGUCAGGAAAAGAGCCUCAUAUAUUCCUCUUUUAUAUUACUGAAGCAAUAAGCUAUCUGAGCUGAAGCAGCGAAAAAGGUUACAUUUCCAUCAUAUUCCCUGAGUCUCUGCAAUAAAAGCUAUGUCAGCAGGGAGAUUAUAACUGGGUAACUGUAACAAUCACUUAAGUACUACUAUGUUCUAAACACUAUCACCAAGGUACUGUUUGGGUCUAGGGCAGUGUAUUAAGUGAAAUGUGAUAAAAUGAGGUAAUCAUGCUGCUAUUGCUUUUUGAUUUUUUCACUUAGUAUCAAGUCAGAAUUAGCUAACUGGUCAGCUUCUACCUUUCUCUGUGAUGGUGUUAGACAGUGAAAGAAAAGGUUUUUUGGCUACAACUGCUAUAAGCAUAAACUAUAUGCUCUUGAAAAUGAGCUUGAUUUUAGAAGUAGAUCUUAGUCUACCCAUGGCCUUUGUUUAUGGAUCUGUGUGGUUCAUAGACCGCUGGCUUUCACUCUGUCUUCAGAGCUAUACCAGAGUAGGAGCAGAGUUCUUUUUUGGAAAUCCCAGAGCAAGACAAUUGUCAUCAAGUGAGUUUGUAUUAUGUAUUUGUUCUGUCUCCCAUCUAGGUUUACUUCUAGUAGUUUCUAGUUUGGAGCUCCUAAGAAGGCUGAUCAUGGGACUGAGCUUGAGGAAGGAGCCCUCUUCAGGGUUUCUUCAGUCUCAUCCGGCUACUCCACCUGACCCCAAGCCAGGCCCACCCUUGACACUAGACGACUGGUCACUGGGCCAAGAGCCCAGGCCACAGCCUCAUUGCAUUUUCAGCUACACCUUUGGAGGCCACCUUCUCCUACAGACUGUGGAAAGCCAAAAGGGCUUUCCUCUUCAUGCCCUUCCCUUCUCACAUAUAGUAGUGAUAUCUCCUGCUUGCCCCAGCAAUAAGUAGUUGCCUUCCCACCCCUUACGUGGGGGCCAAGAAUUUGGAAUACUUUGUUUAUCAAUAUGUGAAUUGAAAGGACUUAUUUUACUAGUUUAUUAAAAGCAGGAAAUGUUGGGGUGUUGAAUUUUUAAAUAGAAUCUCUUUUCAUAUUUGAAUGAUUAUUAAUUCUAGAAGCAUUGUCUUGUUGUCAUGACCCAAUUAUGAAUUCUGUUGAGCUUAGGAAGAACAAAAGUGAUGAAAUUUGCAUGAGCUAGAAUAAAUAUAUUAUGAGGAGUAAAAGAACCUGAGGAAGAUACAUGAUCCAGAAAGGUACUAAGGCAUAGCAUUCUUCUUGGUAGCCCAGAGGUUCAAGGAAACAGGAAGAUUUAUAUCCCCUUUCCCACUCUUAAAAUACACAGAUACACAGAAAGGCAGUUUCUGUGGACAACGCAUGAACACCCACACAAAACACAUAAUUCCUAGGGCUUCCUUUUUCUAAUGUUAUUCCAUUUUAUAAAGUAGAAUUCCCAAACUUUUUGAGUUUUGUAGGUUUAUGCUCUCAUUGGUUAGGUUUUAUGACAGUCAUUCUGUCCUCUUGAAAAUGUACUAUAUGUGUUAUAUGUAUAUAUAAGUUAAAGUGACUUGAAAUUGAUUUCAUUUGACAUUGUCUCAAAAACCCUACAUAGCAUUGAUACCAUGGGGAGUCAUAGAAAGAAAGUUGACUAUCACUGAUCUGAGAGUAAGAUCCGGAAAGAAGUAGCUUUGGUUCCUGAUCAUUUAAGCCUCAGGUGUUUGAGUAGCCAACCCAGCAACACUUGGCAAAUGCAGUGAACCACCCAAGGAAAGGAAAACGGUCAUUUCUGCUCAUAUUUCAUCAUGCAUUUUAACUUCCUACUCAUUUGUUAUUUUUCAUUCAAAUGCCCUCAUUAUUCCCUAGGAAUUUUUUUAGUUUGGGACUUAAAACCAGAUUUAUCUAUUGCUGUAGAGAGAUUUCUACAGAAGCUGUGUUUUAGGGGCCUCCAUCAUCUGUGUAGGGGUACAGAUAUUUAUGUAUAAAUAUGUUUAUGUCACUUGCAAACUUCCAAGGGAAAAAUUUCAAUUCUUAGUUCAUGAAAAGGUUAAAUAAGAAUUGACUCAAUGACCACUAUCCUGCAGAAAAGUUAAAUAGUAAAUUAGGUUAAAUUUUAACUGGUGCUUAGACAUUUCCUAGUUAUAUUAAAAUUAACUUAAGCAGACAGCAGCACAUUAACCUGAAUCACACCUGUGAGGAAUUUACCUUCUAAAUUUGAUUUUGUUUUUCAUCUCCAGGGCCUUAAUAAGAGUGUGUUAACACACAAGACUAUUUUACAAUGAUAGCUCUAAAUAAUUUAUUUUUUAUUUCAGAAAGAGAAAUACACCUUAGAAAAACAAAACCCAAGAUUUGAUUUUAUUUUUAAAGCCAUAUUUUUGUGCUAGUAGCACUUAGAUUGUUCCAUAUCUGAGAUCCAUAUCCACAUUUCAUUACCUGGGUUUGUUCUAAAGAAGAUUUAUUUUUGUUUUGUGAAUAAUUUUUGAUGGUUCUUGUACAUGUACAGAUAUAGAUACAUUUGAGGUCUUUUAUUGAUAUUCCUACAAAGAAUAUAAAUAAACUUUAACUUUAAACAUUUCA